UCCAGACGAACGUCUCGCGUCGAUCCUUACCGUAUUAUUACCGCUGCAAAAUCAAACCCAGUUAUGUCAAUAUGAUCAUUAAAACGUUGUUUAGCUAUCAGCCGAUCGAUGUCGGUUUAGUGAACGAGUGAUCCAAUAGUAACAUAUUUAUUAAUACAAUUAAAUAUUGAUAACUUUUAGAAAAUAUGUAUUUUAUUAAACCAUUGAUGAUGAUCCAGUUCUUUAUUGUUACGUUUUUAUUAUACGUUGCUGAUGCAGUGCCCAACGUUAAGGCUACCAACGACCACUGCGCCGGGCGCACCGCGUCGUGCGACGCCAACGCCGGACCGCGACGAGCCGUGUGCGGGACGGACGGUCGGACGUACCAGACACGCUGCCACCUGCUCAAAGCCCAGUGUUCGGGUGAACCCGUGGCACUAGCUAGGAAGGGGCCUUGUGCUGAGGGUCAAUCAUCGUGCCUGAUUGCGUUGCGCUAUGCCCUGAACGGGCAGGGCGGGCGCCGGGCUAACUUCGUGCCGCGAUGUCGCGCGGACGGUACCUACGCCGCCGUGCAGUGCGCAGCCGCGGGCGCUGGCGCCGCGGCGGGCUGCUGGUGCGUCACGCCCGACGGCAAACCGCUCCAGGACACCGCUGUCAGGAAUGGCAGACCUGAUUGUACCAACACCGGUAAAUCGCACACCAGACGUCGGUCAUCGGUCCGAGGUCAACGGAAUAAAAGAAGUUGUUCCCGAUCAGACCGGGUGCUAUUCAACGCGAACCUUAUAAAGAUAUUCAGCGUGGAGUAUGAGCGCGCGCGGUCAAACUCGGGCGCCUUGGAGCCCCGCGCCGUGGCCGACUGGAAGUUCGGCGAGCUCGACCGGGAUAGGAGCGGGGCACUGCAGAAGCCCGAGUACAGGGGGCUGAGGAGGCUCAUCAAAAAGUUGGUGAAGCCGAAGCGAUGCGCGCGCGCCUGGGCCCGCGGCUGCGACGCCGACGGCGACGGGGAAAUCGCGGCCGCCGAGUGGGCCGCCUGCCUGCUCGCGAGCCCCGAGCCCCCCGCACCGGAUUACGAGGACAACGGACCGGAACCGGAACUGGACUAUGGGGAGGAGGAACCGCCGCAGGACCCAAGCGCAGUGUUGCCGGGCAACAUCAGGCACUCGUUCGCGCCCGACGGGUCAGAGUCGGAGGCGCACCGGGAAGACGAAGCCAACGACUGCCUCACGGACCGACAGGCCGUUCUGGACGAACAGAAAGCGGGCGCGGCUGCGCUGUACGUGCCCGAGUGCACGGGAGACGGUCGUUACGCGCGCGCGCAGUGCUAUCGCUCCACCGGGUACUGCUGGUGCGUGCACCAGGACACGGGCAAGCCCAUCCCGGGCUCCUCCGUCAAGGACCUGCGGCCCGACUGCGACGCCGCACCGCACCACGCCAGCCCCAUGAGAGGCUGUCCUGAACCAAUGAAGACGAACUUCUUGAAAGAUUUGAUGAGAUUUUUGAUCACAAAAAUGGCGGCAACUACAAAUGGAACAGGACCCGGUGAAAUUGUAAAAUGGGGAGCAUCAAAAGAAGAACAAGCAGCCACAUGGACAUACGUGAUGCUAGACAAGGACAAAAACAAAGCCUUGGAACGACGGGAGUGGAAGUCGUUCCAUCAGCUGAUCGCGAAUAUGGAGCCUCUGCGGAGGUGUGGGCGCAAGCUGCCCCGCUACUGUGACAUCAAUCAUGACUCCAAGAUAACGAUAACGGAGUGGAUGGCAUGCUUGGAGGUCACGCAACUGCCACUCAGCCAAACGACGGAGCCAGCUAAAGUUUCAAAUCCUAGAAGAAAAGGACCAAACCCACUUGAGUCAAUCCUGAAAGCAGAUGACUAAUAUCUAGAAAACAACUAUGGAUUGUACAACAGAUAUUGCUAGUGGCUUGUUUUUAAAAACAAGCUUUCACUAAAAGUAAUUACAAAAACGUAAAAUCGAUAUUUCACAGCAAAAUAUUUGUCAAUGUGAAAUAUACAACUACGUUAUUUUGUUUUUGGAAAUCGACUUCGUCGUGUCCGGUCAAUUAUCGGUCACAGCACGAGUCCUACAAGCAUUUUAAGCUUAUGCACCGCGAGGAUGGUGGUUUUUAGACCCAGUAGUCCAUCUUCGAACAAUUUAUAAUUCUCGUUAAAAAUGUAAAACACAUUCGCCCCUUAGAAAAAGCCUGCCUUAAUCGCGUGCAUUUCUAUUAUUUUUAACCGAGAUCCGCCCUUUUUUCGUUCGAAGUUGAACUACCUAAACUGUAUAAAUCGUUGUACACUGUUAGUACUAGAUAUUGGGUGCCAGCGAUGAAAUAAGCAACAUUCAGUGUCACCUAUAUUCAGCGAAAGGUGGUGCUAAUUCCAAAACAUACGUAUUUAAUACAAAAUGAAGAAGAAAAAAACCUACAGACUAUUGUGAGCUUAUAAUGUUCUACAUAAAAUAAGAGGUGAUGGCUACUUCACGUUACAGUUAUGUGAUGAUAUAUAGAUAGAUGAAAAUAUGACAUUGUCUAUUCUAAGCAUCUGUGAUUCUAAGGAUGUUAAAUAAGUAAAAGAAUAGAGACAAGAUACAUAUAUAAAACACAGUGACUUAAGUCUGAUAGUGCCAGUAAUAUUGACGGAAGAAACAUUGUAGCUGCAUAGUUUUGUAUUACUUUUUUACUGUUAAACAUAGUUUCAUGGUAUUAUUAAUUAUACCCGAAGUAUUAUUUUAUGGUAAAUAUAAUAUAAUUUGACUUGGAAGAUUUAAACGAAUAUUUAUAACUAAAAUCGCUCUGUAAGUAAAUAGUUAUGUUCCGAAUUCAAGCAAAUCGCUUGGACACCAAAUUGCAUUGACGAAGCUGUCGGUUGUAGCCGUCGUAAGAAUAUGACGACCGCAGCUGCUGGGGCAAUCGAAAGGUUAAACGUCACGCUCGUAGUAGACUAUCAUGCUUUUAUCUAAUGCAGAAUAAUGGUAGAAAGCUAAUCUAGAAUAAACGCUACAGUAACUAAAUAGCUUUUAGAUAACAUGGGCAAAAACAUGUUAAAAAUGGACGGUUAACCUACAUAUAACCGCACGCGUACGCGGAUACGAGCGCUAAGUCUAUCUGGUACGAAUUAUCAUCCAUACUAAUAUUAUAAAUGGGAAAGUGUGUGUGUCUAUUUGUAUGUCCGUCUUUCACGGCAAAACGGAGCGACGAAUUGACGUGAUUUUUUAAGUGGAGAUAGUUGAAGGGAUGGAGAGUGACAAAGGCUCCUUUUUGCCUUUUUCUAACGCGAGCGAAGCCGCGGGCAAAAGCUAGUAUAUUAUACAUUAGAGAUUACUUGUAACCUCAGGGUGAUUUUUGAAUUUCAUUCAAUACUGUCUCCACUAAUAGACUUUUAAAUUAUAGCAAUAAUAGAAUUAAAGAGUGUUUAUUGUUCGAUGCAACUGUAUAGAUUCCCGAUUUCUAUCGCUCAUACCUAUUUUAAUAUGAGACAUUUAUUUGAGUGACGCAAUCGAGCGUCCGACACAUGAAAUCUAAACACUAGUAGAGUCUGUUCGGAAGAGAUAAGUCGUGGAAUGUAUAAGGUCCAAUACAUUCCACGACUCUUCUCUUUCCGAACAGACUACCACUGGUAACUUGUAGCUUUGAAAAAUGGGCCGCAGAUGCAAUAAGUGUAUCAAAUAUCACAUGUAUGUAUUUCUUUUGACAAAACCUACGUUGAAAUCACAUACCUACUAAAUAGUUAUUAUUUUUAUCAGGUAUUUUACUCAUAUCAAUUCUCGUACGCAUAAGUAUUUAUAUUUAUUUCGAUAGUAUCUACGUUGACAUCACAUUACAUACGUAAUUAAGUAUCAGUAAUGUAAAAGGCAUUUUACUAGUUGCAGUUCUCGACUUCUAAAGAACGUUUCUAAUUUCGUAUGUACACUGAUUCUCGAACGUAAUAUACAGUAGCGCAAAAAAUCUAUCAUACUGGUUAUAUAUCAAAAACAAUAAGUCGAAAAUUCUUAAAAUCAGACGUUUAUAUCAAGUAAACAACUAUGGUAUCAUCAUUACAAAUAUGUAUUUGAAAUAUUUGAAUACUUACGAGGACUCACUGCACGUGGCCCGUGGGCAGCCACGCGAGCCUGAUGCGAAUUAGUCUUUACACACACCAAUCGUGUAUGUUACUAAUAUAGAACUUUUUAUUAUAAAAACAUCGAAAAUAUCGAAUCCUACUAACAAUAUAAUAUAGAUGGAUUGAUUUAUCAAUCUCAGAAGUCGUUGGCAUGAAAAUGACACCACAUCAUUAUUUUACUAUUUGAAGCCCAUAAAGCUAGGAACAUACUACGCGGACGCGGAAAUCGACCGCGACCGCGACCGAUCAGUGUGCACGGAACAAAACAUCCAGCGAGCCAGAUUUCGAUCGGACGU